AUGCAGCAACUGUUAGAUAUUUUUCUUUACUUCCUUCGUGUAUUUAAUUGUGUAUUUAUUUCAAGCUUUUCUUUUACUGAUGGCCACUUCUUCAUUCAUUCUGACUUAACACUUUUUUUCCUUCCUUCGACGCUUCUUCUUUUCCACAAUCGUUCUCCUUUAAAAUAUUUUUUCUUUCUCUUUAGUCAUUUAUAUUUCUAUGAUUUUUCUUCAUCCGAUUUUGUCGACCAUUUUCUUUACUGUAUUCACUUUACCGGCAAUCGUCAGUCUUUCCUUCUCGAUUUGAAUUCGUUUAUCCUUCAUUCUGCUUUACUAUCCUUCCUCUCAUUCGCAAUAGCGACUCUCUUCUGUCUCUCUCCUUCAUGCUCUCGUCUCUCUACUCCCUCUCAUCUACGCUAUUCUCUCUUCUCUUUCACGCUCUCCUUCCUUCUUUGUCUCGUCCAAAGUCUCGGCUUUCCACUCUCUCUCUUCCUCUCCCACGUCACUCUCUCUCUUUCUCUCCCUCUCGCUAAAAUCUCUCUUUCACGUUCUUCUCACUUUCUUUCUCCUAUUUCUGUCUUUCACACUUUCUCCUCUCUCCUCCUCCACGCUCUCCUCUCUCUCUUUCUGAUUUUUCUUUCUUCUCCUUGUUCUCCUCUUUCUCUCUCUCUCUCUUCUUCACGCUCUCCUUUCUCUCUCUCUCUCUCUUCUUCCCCAUGCUCUCUCUCUCUCUCUCUCUCUUCUUCCUCUCCUUUCUCUCUCUCUCUUCUUCACUCUCUUCUCUCUCUCUCUCUUCUUCACUCUCUUCUCUCUCUCUCUCUUCUUCACUCUCUUCUCUCUCUCUCUCUUCUUCACUCUCUUCUCUCUCUCUCUCUUCUUCACUCUCUUCUCUCUCUCUCUUCUUCUUCUCUCUCUCUCUUCUUCACUCUCUUUCUCUCUCUCUCUUCUUCCUCUCCUUUCUCUCUCUCUCUCUCUUCUUCACGCUCUCCUUUCUCUCUCUCUCUCUCUUCUUCACGCUCUCCUUUCUCUCUCUCUCUUCUUCUUCACGCUCUCCUUUCUCUCUCUCUCUCAUGCUCUCCUUUCUCUCUCUCUCUUCUUCACGCUCUCCUUUCUUUCUCUCUCUUCUUCACGCUCUCCUCUCUCUCUCACUCUUCUUCACGCACUCCUUUCUUUCUCUCUCUUCUUCACGCUCUACUAUAUCUCUCCUCUACGUUCUCUUCUCUUGUCCUUUGUUCUCUCUCCAUUUUCUAUUCUGAUAUUUCUUUUCAAACGUCUUAUAUUAUUAACUGCUAUGGCCAUCUCUCUCUCUCUCUCUCUCUCUCUCGCUCUCUCUCGCUCUUCUAUCUAUCUAUCUUGGGUCUCUGUAUUUCUCUGUCUCUCUCUCUUUCUCCCUAUCUAUCUAUCUAUCUUUCUAUCUAUCUCUAUCUAUCCAUCUAUCUCUCUAUCUAUCCAUCUAUCUAUCUAUCUAUCUAUCUAUCUCUUUCUCUCUCUGAAACUACAUUAUUUCUUUUUUUUUUAUUCUCUAUUUUUUUACAUUCUAUUUUUCUUUUUGUUCACAUUCUUUAUUCUUUUUUUUCUAUUCUUUUAUUCUUAUUCUUCACAACUUAUUCUUCUCAACUUCUUUUUUCUUCACAAUUUAUUCUUUUAUUCCUUAUGAUUUAUUCUUAUAUUCUUCACAACUUAUUCUUUUAUUCUCCACAAUUUAUUCUUUUAUUCUUCACAACUUAUUCUUUUAUUCUUCCAAAUCUAUUCUUUUUAUUCUUAUUUCUAUUCUUUUAUUCUUCAAAUCUAUUCUUUUAUUUUCAAAAUUAUUCUUUUAUUCUUUCUUUCUUUCUUUUUAUUCUUCAAAAUUUUUCUUUUUUAUUCUUCCAAAUCUAUUCUUUUUAUUCUUUUUAA